GGCGCCUCCAUUUGUCUAUUGGCUCCUCGUCCUCUAGCGCCCCCGCGUCCCGCGAGCCUAUUUAAGCCGCCUUUCCCUUCCGCGUCCAACGUUUUGUUUCCUUCUCCCUCCCCGAUUCCAUUUCCAUCCCGUUCACUUUUACUACGAACCUACGGUGCGCGCGCUCUCGAUCUUGCUGCUGCUGUCACGAUGCUGGAGAACCAGAAGCAAGCGGAGGUUCUUUGGCCGAGGCUGGUGGCCAACAAGCUCUUCCGGAAGCCCUCCGGCAGCAACGCCUUCGUCGCCGACUUCCCGGCCUCCGCCGCCGCCGCCGCUGCCGCAGAGGAGCAGGAGGAGGAGGGGGUCGAAGCGGAGUUGCUGGACGACGGACGGUGUAGUCUCGAUGCCGAUGCCGACGCGGACCGCGGCAUCAAGCGGCCGCGCGCACAGCAGCGGAGCAAGACGCUCAAGUACAGGCUGUUCGCGAGCACGUGGAACGUCGGCGGCGUGGCGCCACCGGACGACCUCGACCUGGCGGACUGGCUCGACACGGCCAACGGCACCUACGACAUCUAUGUCCUCGGAUUUCAGGAGGUGGUGCCGCUUCGAGCGCGGAACGUGCUGGGCGCGGACAAGAACCGCAUCGGCAUGCGGUGGAACGAGCUCGUGCGGGCCGCGCUGAACCGAACUUCGCCAUCGGCGGGAUCCCAUGACCAGCAGCCGCCCGUGGGAGGCGGGGAGAAGCAGAAGGUGCAUCCCGUGAGGGACGGCGCCGGCGACCUGCAGCCGGCCCGGGACUUCCGCUGCGUGGUGAGCAAGCAGAUGGUGGGCGUCCUGCUCACCGUCUGGGUCCGCGCCGACCUCCGCCGCUUCGUCCGCCGCCCCAGCGUCUCCUGCGUCGGCUGCGGCGUCAUGGGCUGCCUCGGCAACAAGGGCGCCGUGUCCGUGAGGUUCUGGCUGCACGACACGAGCUUCUGCUUCGUGUGCUGCCACCUGGCGUCCGGCGGCAGGGAGGGCGACGAGGCGCACCGCAACUCCGACGCGGCGGAGAUCCUCUCGCGGGCGACCUUCCCGCGCCGCCGCCACUCCUCGUCGUCGUCGCCGCUCACCUCCUCCGCGCCCCACAAGAUUCUAGAACACGACCGGGUGAUCCUGCUUGGGGACCUCAACUACAGGAUCUCCCUGCCGGAGGCCAAGACGAGGCUGCUGGUGGAAAGGCAGGACUGGAAGACGCUGCUGGAGAACGACCAGCUCCGAGGCGAGGUGUCCGACCAAGGCGGCGCGUUCCACGGCUGGAACGAGGGGCCCAUCACCUUCUCCCCCACCUACAAGUACCACCGGAACUCCGACGCCUACUACGGCUGCGCCCAGCAGCAGCCCAAGAAAGGCGACACGAAGCUCAAGCGCCGCGCCCCGGCAUGGUGCGACCGCAUACUGUGGCACGGCGCGGGGCUGAAGCAGAGCCGGUACGACCGGUGCGAGUCGCGGCUGUCGGACCACCGCCCCGUGCGCGCACUCUUCGCCGUCGAGGUGGACGCGCCGCGGAACCUCAACUCCCUCCGGAGCUUCUUCAUGUCCGAGAGGUUCGACUGCAGGGCGGCCAAGAGCUCGGUCAGUGACCUGCUCUGCCGUGAGGACGGCGACGGCGACGGCGACGCGACGAGCAGCGCCAGAUUCGACCAGGACGUAUGAGCGUUCAGGCUGCGAGAGAGGAGAAUCGAGACGUGCGGGUCGUUGCUCCCAACUGUAAACAGCAGAAGAGAUUGAUCGAUCUGUUCCGGUGUUCAUAUAUAUAUCUACAGGAAUACUAGCUACUAGGACAGAGAUGUUUUUUUUUCCUCCCACCCCCUGUUCGGCUGUUCCUGAGUCCCUGUAAAUUAAUCACGCCUGUACUCUUGUUUGGAUGGAUGGACAACCGUAACGAUGGAGUCGUCGCUGGCCGUGAACAACAACCGCUUCAGUUGGUCUAUGAACGGCACCUUUCUUUCUACAGUGUCUAGCUAGGACUAGGAUAUAUACAUGUGUUUUUCCAACCUGUUCCUGACUUUAUGCGACUGCGUUUGUACU